UUUCUACAGAUUUUGUGCCUUCUCCUACUCCUGAGCUUCCUCUCUUCCCUCCAAUUAAACUCUCUCUCUUCAACUGAUUUCUCUCUCCUAAAUUUUCUCAAAAACCCUAAUUCCCCAAUUUCUCCCUCAUCCAAAUUCUUACCACCAUGCAUACAUUAGGCCAAAUUCCCACCACUUCUCCAAUCAAAACUUCGUUCAAAUCCCUAAUUUCUCGAAAAUUUCCCGCCCAAUCAUCCUCGUUGAAGUUUUCAAUUAAAAAUGGAGGUGAUUUUAAUGGUGGUUUGAAGGCUGUUGCGGCGGAUACUAAGGCUGUGGAUUCUCGCCCUUUCGUUGUCAUUGAUAAUUAUGAUAGCUUCACUUAUAAUCUUUGCCAGUAUGUGGGAGAAUUAGGUACGAAUUUCGAGGUAUACAGAAAUGACGAGAUCUCUGUGGAAGAUUUGAAAAGGAAAAAUCCAAGGGGAAUCCUUAUAUCUCCGGGUCCAGGUACACCACAAGACUCAGGAAUCUCUUUAGCUCUUGUUUUGGAAUUGGGACCCACUGUACCAAUAUUUGGUGUUUGUAUGGGCCUGCAGUGCAUUGGAGAGGCUUUUGGAGGGAAGGUUGUGCGUUCCCCAUAUGGAGUUGUGCAUGGGAAAAGCUCACCUGUGUACUAUGAUGAGAAGGGGAGCAAUGGCUUGUUUACAGGUUUACCCAACCCCUUUACUGCUGCUAGAUAUCAUAGCCUUGUAAUUACCAGAGAUAACUUUCCUGAUGAGCUUGAAAUUACUGCAUGGACCGAGGAUGGGUUGGUCAUGGCUGCUCACCAUAAAGAAUACAAAAAUUUACAGGGAGUCCAGUUUCAUCCUGAAAGUGUUCUCACUCCAGAAGGUAAAGGGAUAAUUAAGAAUUUCAUCAAAAUGAUCGAGAAUAAUUGAACAAAUGAAUUGCUUUGGAAGCUUUCAAAGUGAUUUGUUUUAUUGUUGUUAAUUUAUGAAUUAGGUUUACUUGGCAACAAGAUCAAUUUAAUCUCUAUUGAAACAAUAGAAUCAGAUCUAGUUGUAGCUAUUUAAGAAAACAGAUUUGCUACAAUUGUGUAAUUAUUGUAUCAAGUCAAAGGAUAUAUGUUCAGAAACACCUUUUAAUCCCCUCCAUAUUGGAGGAAAUGUCUUUUAUCUCUUCAAGACCAGAAGGUUGUGAACUCCUGAACUCAAAUUUCAGAAUAAAAACUCGAGCUAUGUAAUACUA